GCACAAACUCACAGACCUCAGCCCCUCCGACGGACCACCAAGAGACAUAAAGGAAGGACCGAAACAGAAAAAAGGAAACCACCAGGAAAUGACUUUUGUUUUAUUGUUAAACACUCCUCCGUACGACAUGGUUUGCCGUGCGUAAAAAAAAGGUGGUGUGUUUGGUAGGUUUUUUUGCCAGAAGAAUUUUAAUCUGUGAUACCACUGUCGACUAAGUGUAUACUUUUUAGGCACAACUUCUCCCUUAAGUUUUUUUGAAAUGACCGAGGAGCAGGACAAGUGCCUUACCGGGAACCCUUGCAGUCCGACCGGCACCACGAGCUCCAUGUCACAGGACGACUCGGAUUCCGACGCCCCCUCUUCACCGGCGGGAUCCGACGGCCACAGUUCCCAGCUACUCGCCGAGAUGGGCACGAAACUGGAGUGCGAUGCAGGGGACGACCGCUUCCCUUCCUGCAUCCGCGACGCGGUGUCGCAGGUCCUGAAGGGCUACGACUGGUCGCUGGUCCCAAUGCCAGUGCGCGGAAACGGGUCUAUGAAAAGCAAGCCGCACGUCAAGCGACCCAUGAACGCCUUCAUGGUGUGGGCGCAAGCCGCGCGCAGGAAGCUCGCGGACCAGUACCCGCAUCUUCACAACGCGGAGCUCAGCAAGACGCUCGGGAAACUAUGGCGCUUGCUGUCGGAAAGCGAGAAGAGACCCUUCGUGGACGAAGCGGAGAGGCUGAGGGUCCAACAUAAGAGAGAUCACCCCGACUAUAAGUAUCAGCCCCGGCGGCGGAAAAACGUGAAGAGCGGGCAAAGCGACUCGGACUCCGGAGCAGAGUUGAGCCAUCAUCCUCCGGGUCAACUGUACAAGGCAGAACCGGGCAUGCUCAACCUCGCAGGCAUGGGAGACGGGCACCACCAUCCUGAACACACAGGACAACCUCACGUGCCCCCAACUCCUCCCACCACCCCGAAAACCGAUCUGCACCACGGAGGAAAGCUGGAUCCCAAACACGAGGGCAGGCGGCUCCUGGACAGCGGCAGACAGAACAUCGACUUCAGCAACGUGGAUAUCUCCGAGCUCAGCACCGACGUCAUCAGCAACAUGGAAGCGUUCGAUGUGCACGAGUUCGACCAGUACCUGCCUCUCGGCGGCCACGCGGCCGCCACCGCUUCCCUAGCCUCGGACCACGGUCACGGACAGAGUUCAGCAACCAGCGCCUCCUACGGCUCUGCGUACGGCCCCGCCUGGAGUCACAAGAGCGCGUUGUCCUCCUCGUCGUCGUCGUCAUCAUCCGGCGCGAGCGAGGCGGGCCAGCAAAGACCGCACAUCAAAACCGAACAGCUGAGUCCCUCCCACUAUCCGGACAACUCCCACGGCUCCCCCUCUCACCCCGAGUACGGCUCCUACGGCGCACAGGCCUGCGUGUCCUCCUCCACCGCAUCAUUCUCAAAUCCCCAGUGUGACUACACAGACGUCCAGAGCUCCAGCUACUACAGUCCGUACUCAGGGUACCCCUCUGGUAUUUACCAGUACCCGUACUUCCAUUCCUCACGCAGGGCCUACGCGACCCCCAUCUUGAACAGCUUAUCCAUCCCUCCUUCCCACAGCCCCACUGCCACCUGGGACCAGCCGGUAUACACAACCCUGACAAGGCCUUAAUCAACACAUGUACACUGUACAGAUUGUACACAAGGAACUGCAUAAGUGUGAUGUUCCCACUGGCAUGGUCUUAAGGAGCCUUAAGGUCCUGCCUUCCUUAGAUGUCUGCACUAAUCAAGGAACACAUUUUGGCGGAAGCGCACCGAGUUGUCCGUUGGAGAAGAAGGAAACACGAAGUGCCUGCUGACUUUAAAUACAUUCUAAGCGUUUUUUAAUGAAGAAACCCGCUUCUGGGCCAUUAUUAGUCGUCUUAUAACUGAAGAAAUUGAAAUGCUCGUGCCUACACACAACUCCUCUGUGAGGACUUGCAUACGCGCGGCUCCGUAUAAGCGCGCGUGUGUAACCUACUUUACUGCGGUUGUGCGCGCUCUAGAAAUAGACCUAUCGUGUGAUGUAAGAAAUAAUUCUGCUAGUGUAGGCCUAUAGGCUACAGGCUGAGCAAAUGUACACUACAGAUACUUGGGACCAGUUAUGUGAUAUCGAUUUUAAUUUUGAAUUGUUAUAUUUUUUUAACCUUUUUGCAGCUCCUUCGGGCACAAGAUCAUGGACCAUCCUCCAAACCCACAUCCAGCCUGCUUUAGAUAUUAACGGUGUUGUUUUUUCUUUUAAAAAUUAUGAAGUGCGUAUUUAUGUUUACUGCGUUGUUGUUGUUGCUUUUAAUAACUUGGAUUAUGUUUUACGCGUUUUGUUUUUGAGCAUGUAAUCAUCUUUUAAGUAUCACAACCGCCUUUCUAUGUUUUUCUUUCGAGAAAAAGUUACCUUCAGUGGACCUACACCUCCCCAUUCCAGAUUCAUAAGCGAGAAAAAAAAGAAAAAAAGAUUAAUAAGAAACUCAAUAAUGUUAUGCUAUGCAAUGUGCUGCAACAGGUGCCUUAGACGCCGCCUACCCACCCGGGAUUAGUCACGACAUAAGGGUUAAGGAAAUGACGGUAAGACGAUACGUUGCGCUCCGUGAGCGACUAGCCAGCUGGGCUUGUGCCUCGCGCUGAAUGAGGCUGAAUGCGGUGCCCCGGUAAUUUACGUUUUUUUAAGCCCCGGAGUGUCGCGGGGGCUAGGCUACAUUUUUGUGGAAAUAGAGUGAGAAAAGCGUGUCGUUACCCGGACAGAGAUUUAACUCAAUCCUGGCUGUGGUGCAUACAAAGGCUAUACGAAAGAAUAUAAAAAGGGUUGUACAAAAAAAAUCAAAAAUCUUUACUGACUAACAAGUGUAUAUGUGCGUGCUUACGUAUGUCUACAAGCCAACUUGAUGUCUCUACAUGAUAUGAUUUGUUCUUGGACAUGUAAUAACGCGCACCUAACGAUUACUUGUGCCUUAAAUUGCUUCGUUUCCUAACACAUUUCUCGGUUGAAUUUCUUCUUUAGAACAAUUUAAUUUGCAUGUAAGACGUUCGGCAUUCUUCCUCUAACAAAGAGUAACUAAAAAUGUAUCUGUCUUUGCUUUUCCGCGGCACACUUGAUACAGUAAUAGUGUGACGUUUACCAUGAGAAGAUUCGGAAUAUCAUCACCGAUGGCAGGUUGUAACCUUGUGAGCGCACGAGAACAGUGUUUUCUUUUCAACUUUUUACUUCUUUACAGUGUAGCUAUUUAGAAAUAAAGCAACUGUUAAAAUGUACUCUGUGUUAGCUAGAAUAUUCUCUCGUAAUAUUCUUGCACAUGAAAAAAUAAAAAUGACUCCGAUA